AUGACUGAACAAGAAAUUUUACAUGCAUUUUCAUUAAUUGAUACUGAUAAUGAUGGAGUCAUUACAAUUGAAGAUCUUGAAAGAUAUUCAAAGAAAAGUACAGUAGCAGAUGAUUUUACAGUAAAGUGGAAAAGGUUAUUUGAUGAAGACAAUACUGGCGAAAUAACAUUUAUUCAUUUUUGUGAUGUUCUUGGUGUCAGCAAAAAGAAAAGAGACGAAAUUCUUAAAGAAAGAAACAUAGUAAUUCCAGAUUCACUACCUAAACCAAUCGUCUACUCAAGCAACCUAAGUCCAGAGAUGCAGCAGAAAAUAUUGAGACUUAUAAAAUAUGGAUGGAAUAAACAAAAUGAUUCUUCCAAUUUAUAUGAAAUAACUAUACGAUGUGAUCGUGAGUUCGGUCCACGUUGGAGAGGACGUGUUAUAUGCAACACACAGCCAAUAAAAGAAGCAGCUAAAGGAAAAUAUCUGGUGUUCAGUUGUGAUAAUGGACAAACUAUAUUGUGCCUUUGGUUAUCAAAUAAUGACGAAGACAAACCUGCAGGAUGCUGUUGCUGUUAG